CCCGUGGUGGUUUCAUUCUUCGAGACAACGUAAUUGUUGAAGUUCAAAGAACUGCUUUGUUACACCCUCUUUGAAGGAGUUGAGAGACGACUGCUAAGUUCUCUUUCACGGAAUUCAUUGACUCGAGACAAAAGUCCCAUAUCGUCUGCUCACCCCCCAGGCACGAUACAAACAUCCAUCUCGAAACCUGAACCCAUCUCUUCGAACCAGAUCAGACCGAAACAAAAUGGACAAAAUCGGCCGUUCACUUUCCAACGUGCUUGACACUGCCUCGCACCUACUGCGGAACUAUGCAAAUGACCAAAUCAACCCGCAUCGGGGCCAUCACUCCAGACGGGAUCUAGCGGAUGGCAACAUGAGUCUCCAAGCUGCCCGAAGCGCUUUCAACAGCACCAAGCCCACUGUCACUUUUUCCAACCUUGUGGUGACUGGUGGCAAUCCCCCCACCGUCUCUCCAUUCUACACCGGCUUAAACGGAGUCAACCUGGAAAUGGAUGCUCAAUUGGUCAGAAUGCUGUGGCUUUCUAUCAUCGCCGCACUCACAAUUGUGUUUGCUUUGCGAUUAUCACAGUUGUUUGUAUCCUACAUCCGGAACAUCUAUUGUAUGACUACAGAAAAGCAUUGCCAACAAAACUACUAUGGUGUGGAUCACUUCAGAAUCUGGAGCUGGCUGAAGAAGCAUAUCAUCUAUGCUCCACUCUGGAAGAAACGACACAAUCGCGAGUUCCAGCUGUCUGGUGCGGUCAACUACGGCACCCUGCCCAGCCGUAUCCACUCUCUGCUCCUCAUCAUUUAUGCCAUCACCAACUUGAUCUACUGUCUCCUGCUCGAUUGGGGCAAUCCACAGAAGGGGGCGCUGUACGCGGAGCUACGCGGACGCAGCGGCAUCUUGGCCACCGUCAACCUCAUCCCUCUUAUUGUGCUCGCGGGCAGAAACAACCUCGCAAUCCCGCUCCUGAGGGUCAGCUUCGACACAUUCAACCUCUUCCAUCGCUGGAUCGGCAGGCUUGUGGCCGCUUUAUCAGCCAUUCAUUUCUUCGCGUGGCUGGCUGCCUACAAGCUGGCUAAGGGGAACCAAGCAACAAUCAGAAUCUUUCAUGGCGCUCCUUUCCUCGAUUACGGCCUUUUAGGAUUGAUUGCGAUAGUGUUGUUGCCGUUGCAUUCGUUGUCACCCAUUCGACAUGCCUUCUACGAAACAUUUCUUCACCUUCACCAAAGCCUGGCUUUUUUGGCCCUGCUCGGGGUAUAUGUCCAUCUGGACAUCAUGCAUCUGCCCGCCUAUCCUUCCAUCUUGACGGCUGUAUUGCUUUUGUUCAUUGAGAGAAUUUGGCGCUUGGGCAGCAUUGCAUAUCUUAACUACUCCCGAUCAGGCGGGACCACAACUACUGUCGUGGAGGCGUUACCAGGUGAUGCAUGCCGUGUCACCUUUCAACUACCGCGGCGCAUCACGAUCCGGCCCGGCAGUCACAUGUAUGCAUACCUCCCAUCGAUCUCGCUUUGGAUGUCACAUCCAUUCUCCGUUGCAUGGACGAAUGUCGAGUCUGAGCCUCCCGUCUGUGGCCACAAUUUUGAAUUGCAAAGACCAUCAAGCCCGAACUCUUUGGAGAGGCAAUCAGUUUUCCAUUCACCAUCAAAGGCACCCACGACUGUCUCGCUGAUCAUGGUCGCACGAACUGGCAUGACGAGACAACUCUACAGGAAGGCUCGCGCUGCUCCCGGAUGCAAGCUUGAACUACGGGGGUUUCUUGAAGGCCCAUAUGCCGGACAUGACUCGCUUGUCAGUUACGGUACGGUUGUCAUGUUUGCUGGAGGCGGUGGCAUCACCCAUCAUCUCAUUCAGAUCCGACACCUCCUAGCAGGGGCACGGUCGCAAACCGUGGCCACCCGAAAGAUUGUGCUUGUCUGGUCGAUCCGCGACACCGAGUCCAUGGAGUGGGUGAAGCCGUGGAUGAACGAGAUUCUACACAUGGAAGGCCGGCGAGACGUUCUCAUGAUCCGAGUGCAUGUGAGUAAACCGACGAGAGCGAUCAACCACAGCAAGAGCAAGCCCACCAUGCAGAUUGUUCAGGGCAGAGUUGAUCCCGGAGCUGUGCUAGAUGAGGUGAUUCCGGUGAGAGUUGGUGCUGUAAUGGUAAGUGUUUGUGGGCCGGGAGCGCUGGCAGACGAGGUGCGGGCGGCAGUGAGGAGCAGGAUACACCAGGGUAAUUUGGAGUUGAAUGAGGAGAGCUUUACGUGGUAGCUUGGAGAGGUAGAGAACGAGCAAAGGAAAACAUGUGCUUUGCUCAGGCGCCUGGAUAGUAUUGAAUGCUUCGGCCUGGCGCUGAUGGUGGGGAGGGACUGUCGCAAACAUAGAUGGCUAUUACGAG